UCACCAUUCAUUAUUGUUCUACUACCCAGUCUGUGCUAUUCCCUUUCCAUAAACGCCUGACAAACUCGGAAGCCAUGGCCCCCAGCAGCCUCCAUGUCGUUGUCAGUGUAGCCUUUCAGGAUGCCGGAGACACAACGCGCGCCAUUGCGAUGGCGGCCGCGUUGCGAGAUCUUUGCCCGCCAAACAUCGACCUCAAGAUGAACUUCUUGUCGUGCGGGUCCCGCUUCGAAUACCAGAUCAAAGACGCUGGCUUCAACAUCGUGCCGGCGCAGCCCCGCGUUAAAGGGAUCUCGGUCGCGCACGAUCUCGGAUGGGACUUCCCGGAAUUCUUCGGAUCGCCAGAGAUUGCGAAAACCUUCAUUGAUGGCCAGCUCGCCGCGUUCAAAGAACUGAAGCCGGACGUCGUCUUCCACGGCAUGUGGGCGCCUGCCUCCCUCGCAGCGCGCAUCUUGGGCAUCCGCACCAUCAACUUCCUUCCGGUCCCACUGCACCCUGGCUCUUUUGCCCAUGGUCUGAUUCGCGAUCUCCCAGACAUGAUGCCGCUCUUCACACGUCUGCCGCGGCCAAUGAGACAAAAGCUGGCGUGGUGGGGCAGCGGCCUCAUGCUCAAGGCGCCCAUCUUCCGCCAACAGCGUUUGGGGGCUGCGGCUAAGGCUUGCGGCUGGCCGAUCGAGGGCCCAAUUUCCCUCUUCGACAUGAACAUGGCGGACCUCAACCUAGUCAAUGAUCAUCCUAUUUUCCACGCCGACUAUGCGAAGAAUCUUCCUGAGAAUAUUGUCAUCACCGGUCCGUUGUUCGCAGGAAAUGACAAGAAGCUGGAUGAAGACAUUGCAGCCCACAUGAAGCGUGGACCUGGCCCGGCUGUUUUCGUGUCGAUGGGGAGCUCAGGCACGGAGGAGUUCCUUUUCGAAGCCAUUAAGGCGUUGAAGAUGAACAAAGCCGACGACUGGAACGCAGUUAUUCUCGCGUCACCCUCCGUCUGUUCCAUGGAUAGAGCUCGGGCAUGCGCGGGCGACGACCCUCGACUUCUCGUGACGGAUCGUUUCAUUCCGGCUCCCGCAGCGACCGCACUCGCAGACGUCGCCAUCAUCCACGGCGGCCAGGGUACCGUGCAGACUGCUGUCGCUGGUGGGAAGCCGAUUGUGGGUGUCGCUCUGCAGAUUGAGCAGCAGACCAAUCUGGACAACGUCAUGGACGCUGGGGCCGGAAUUCGCGUCCAGAGGCAGUUCUGGAAGGCAAAGAACAUCCGCAACGCAGUCCUCACCGUGCUGAACGACCCAAGCUACACGGCGAAGGCGAGGAUGUUGGGCGAUACACUGAACAACAUGGACGGCGCAAAGACGGCGGCCGAGGUUAUGUGGAACUUCAUCCUCGAAGAGCGGAGCGAGAAGGCCAAAGCGUGAGAUAUAUCGGAAGAGAGGAGAACGGUGAGAUGACGAAGCUUUCUUGCUGUUCCGGUGUAGAAGGACUCGGGGAUGCAGCAUUGGUCCCGGGCUGCUCGGCGUUCGGUAGCGUAAUUUUUCGGGUGGGGCUUUUUGGAUAUCCUUGGAGGUCAUGCUCCGCGCACGAUCGGUUUGAUAGAAGACAUGAAUCGCAUUGAACGGCCUUGCAGUGCACUCCAAUGGCUCCUUGUUGGAUCGUGUGAUGUUGGAAGAAAAGGAUGGGAUGGAGUGGCGGUUGAGGCGCGCGGAAGGUGUGGCAGGUGGACCGUGCGCGCCUACCGAUUUGGUCUGCGUCACCAUCUCGACUCUGAACGCACUCGAGCUGGUUGCAGUUAGGAAAUCCAUCUUCUCGUGGCUCCGGCCCGCCCUGGUUAAAUAGUUGCGAUAGUAC